AUGGCGUUCCAGUACAUCAAAGACUUCCUGACGGAACGUAGCACCGAAAUCUGCGGGGGAGACAUGCGGCUCGAAGAGAAGAAGAUGGGCAGCAUCGGAACUCCGCAGGGCUCGACGAAGCUAUUUGCCUUGCUUGCCGUACUGGCCGUGUCCGUGUUCUCCCCAGUGGCGGCAGGCGGGAAACUUGGCUAUGGCGGCGCUGGCUACGGAGGCCUAGGAUAUGGUGGCCUCGGCUACGGAGGUCUAGGCUACGGAGGCCUCGGCUAUGGAGGUCUCGGAUAUGGUGGCCUAGCCGUCGCGGGACCAGCUUUCCUGGUGAGAACGGUUCACCACGUCAACAAAGUCAGCGGUGGAGGAGCCCUUGUAGCCCACUCUGGCCUCGGAAGCGGAUAUGGUGGCGGCUACGGAGGAUACGGAGGCGGCUUUGGUGGAUAUGGUGGCGGCUACGGAGGAUAUGGAGGCGGCUAUGGUGGAUAUGGUGGCGGCUACGGAGGAUAUGGAGGCGGCUAUGGUGGCUACAAAGGUGGUUACAAAGGCUGA